CAACAACACCUCUUCCAUCGCAAAAAAUCACAGUGGAAACAUUUGAAUAUUUUGAAAAAGCAACGGCAGCAUGCAUCGCGCGCUCCAGGUUCCGGCGCUCGUCGACAUUAUAACCAACAUGUCGUCCCAAGGUGACGCGUGCAGGAUGGCUCGUACAUGCCGAGCGUGGCAUCAACCAGCUCUGGAUCGUAUUUGGCGAGAAGCUGGAACAAUGCCUUGGAUGUCCUCUUGCGCAUCCUACCUGCCGACCUUUAUCAACCUCUUAGCUUCGUAUCCACAUCCUACGGGUUCCCGCAAGACAUAUCUCCCAAAUGGCUUCGAGGUCCUACUCUGGCCGAGUACGAGCGUAUCUAUCAGUUAUCGCCGCGCAUGCAGAGCUUGGAGAACCCGGGAUACAUCGAUGUUUUCCAGAUUACCAUGACGCAUCCGCCACCGCGCCCACUCUUCCCUCGCCUGAAGACACUUCGUAUAGACGGCAGCGGAAGUAAAGUCUCGCCCCACAUGCUCCUGGAACCCUUCGCGUCCCCGGUGCUCACCCGCCUGGACAUAUUCCUCCCAUUCCGCAACCAGUGGAUGGAGAUCUGCCUCAACGAGAUAUACAGCGCGUGCGCGCCCUCAGUCAAGGUGAACUUCGACCUGCGGGAGCUCACGAUGAUACCGCGCUUCGUGGGGGACCGGACGGACAUGAUCCACAGUGUCACGAUGGCCAGUAUGUGCGAGGAGGGGUGGGCGUACAUGGCUGCUCUGCCGCGCCUGCAGGAGCUGCGCAUCCACGACAUCGGCUCAGCGCCCCGGGUCGACAAGGUUGACGCUGUGAAGAAUCCCUUCCACGCCUUGCGGCUUCUCGAACUCACGGCGAACUUCGACUGCCGGCCCUUCGUAGCGGGCCUCCUCCGGCGGUGCGGGAGGCUGUCGCUGUCCACCAUGAAGGUCCGUGUCUCCCUCGACACCCCCGAGCGGAUGGCGCACCCGACCGACCACUGGGUGGACCUCUUCCUCGCGAUUGAGCGCCACUGCGCGCACGACGCCCUGCGCACGCUCAGCCUCGCCGACGACGGCGAGAUGGCGCGCAUCGGGGGCGGCACGCUCCAGCUGCUCGCCCCCUUCCGCGAGCUCCGGACCCUCUCAAUCGAGAGCAAGAACGGCGUGGUCGUCGAGGACCGCCACAUCGCGUCCCUCAUGCGCAGCUGGCCCGCGCUGCAGUCGCUCAAGCUCGUGCCCUCGAGGUUCCUGAACCUCGAAUGGGAGAACGACGAGGACACGUACGCCUCCGCGCGCUACAUCAGCACCUGCACGGUCCCCGGCAUCCUCGAGAUCGCCCGGCUGGGCACGGCGCUGCGGUCCCUGACCCUCACCGUCGAUUUCGAGAACGACUUGCCUCUGGGAGACAGCGACUGGUUUCGGGGUGGCGACACCGUCGAGCUGCCCUGCAACACAAACGUGACGAUGUUCGACGCGUGGGUCUCCGACAUGGGCGAUGUCUGCGAUGUCGCGGGCUUUCUCUUGGCGGUCUUCCCGGCGGCGGCGCAGAACUUGUGGGUGUCUGUUUUGGCGGAUAAGGAGCAUUACGAGGGCAGCCGUGACGAGGCUGUCGCUGCGAAGUGGGAGCAAGUUUUCACCAUGAUUGACAUAGUACGGACUGCAGAGCGCAAAGCGGAGCAGCGCAUUAGGAAGGCAAUCCAGGAGGAAGGGAAACCUCCACGCCACUGAGGGCUUCAAAAUAUAGUAUCUUAUUUGUGUGGAACAGAAAAGGGUUUGCGACUUUGGCAAUGGUGGCAUAAGAUCAUUCGCACGCUCUUCUGACCUCCUUACCGCAGCUUGAAAUCGAC